AUGUCUUCUUCGAUAAACACGAACAACAGACGAGCAGCGGCAUAUAGACAACCAGUACCAAUUAACAGACAAGCAGCAGAGAACUCAGCGAGCAAAAACAGGGCGAGGAACCACAAGCAGAACAAAAAUGACACUACACAUGGUAUUAACGCGAACCGACGGCGACCACCCAAAGCUGGGCGGCAGGCCACCAAAAGUGCUCCGACUACCACGCACGACAGGCCUGACGGCCAGCGCGGGAAUCGGUGGUUGGGAGCCAAGUUUGACGAGUGGUACAUGCCGCCUGUCGCGGAAAACCCGGCGUCGAGAGCACGAUCCCGGCGCGCUCCCACAGUCUCAGAAUACCGCCACACCGAGCAUGGAGGCCCCGUCGACUUUGUUGCUGCCGCUCAGCACAACCUCGCCUACAGGCGCAUGUACCACUUGCCAGAGUCUGUACUGAUCGCCGUGAUACGACUUCUCGAUGCCGUCAGCUUUGAAUGUCUCCGCCGCACCGCGCGGCGAUUUCUACGCCUCGUUUAUGUCUGCCGCGGCGCGGUCAUGGCAGGCUUCUAUCCCUGGCCCGUGUCCAAGCCACUGGACCUCGCCCGACGCCAGGAUCUCCUGUACAUCCUGGCUAGGGACGCAUACUGCGCCGACUGCCGUGCGGCUCGCUGGGCACGGAACUGGAGAGCCCGGGUCUUAGCAACCACUAGGGCGUAUCUGCACUGCUCGGCCUGCCGCUGUGAACACCCGGCGUGUUUCUUCACGCCUCAACAACGCACAGCUUGCCGGGCGCGACGGACCUGCGUUGGCAAGACAGGCUACGUCCGACUGUGCACCCACGAGACGGUCUCGUGGUUUCAGCUGCAGGCCGUGGCCCAGAAGAACGAGCCCAACACCACCGUAUCAUAUGUCCUCGCUCAGUGCAGAGACAAAUCCCGCGCGCGCCCCUGUCGUCAGCCAUGGACAUCUUCAUUCUCGGCCGCCAACUGGAUGCCGGCAAAGCAUCCCGCGCAGCCCACGCUCUCGGUAGAGAUCGACCCAAGCAAGCGCACACUCACACUCGUCCUCGCCUGGAGCCCGCACUUGGAACUCAGGCGCCCCGGCGGCCCUGCACUCACACCGCGGACGCUGAACGAACGCCUGGCCAGCCUCCGCGAACAGCAAUCCCGCUUCACCUGCCCCGAGACCACGCCCGGGCUCAAGGUCGAGCGGCGGCUCUUCGACCCCAACGGAUGCGACUGUCUGCGGUUCCCCGGUCUCGGCCAGCUCGGCAGAGCCUGGACGCGCUCCCCCGUGGCUGCCAAGUACAAGAGAUCUAGCACCGUCACGCGUCUUGCGGCUCUGGUGGGCGCGCAGCAGCAGCAGCAGACUGACAAGUCGACCCGCUGCCGCCGCUUAGAAACAGCAUUGGCUGCUCAACAUGCCGCGCGAGUGCGAUCCCUGCACAGCCGCUACGAUAGCAGCGUGACCGCUUUGCCCUGCCGACGAGGUGGCGAGUGUCUGCAGCUCAACUACUGCACACGAGUGCAGCUCAGAGAGGGGUCCAACGUCAAGCUCGCGCGCUUGACGUGGGCCUGGUUCAUGGCCAUCGACCCGGAGUCGUAUCGCAUUACGGAGGACAUGGACGGCUUCGGCGUCUACUGGUGUCGCGACAAGGCGUGCCGAAACUUUUGGCAGUACACGCAGUCGCGGCUAAGGCCCUUCUUUUCCGAGCACGACUGCUCGCUAUGCCCAUGCCGGGGCAUAAGUCCGGCACGGGCCUCCUCCAUCGCCUCGGUCUCAGAGAACCGGGAACUGGUCGAGACAACGCGAGAGCCCGAAGGCGAGGGUAAAGGAGGGAGAACCCCGAGGUUGACAGCCGGCAAAGCACCGGGCAAAGGGGCCGACAGCAAGACUUCCGGGCUUGUAAUGGGGCCUGGGGCGGACGAGGCGGCCGUGGAGGGCGAGCGAGUCAAGAGAGACUCCGCGGCUGAGGAGGCCAGGGAAUUGGGCGGGGUGGGCGGGGCGGCCGUGGAGGGCGAGGGAGCUAAGAGAGACUCUACGGCUGAGGAGGCCAGGGAAUUAGGCGGGGCGGGGGGGACGGCGGCGACGAUGUUGGCCAACGGGAGAGGCUGCCGACGCUGGCGGUCUCGAGGCCGGUACCACUCAAGAAAGGUCAGAAUGAGGGCAAGGGUUGCAAUGGCCAGUAUGGCCCACUCCACGCUGUUGGGCUCCGAGAUUCCCCGAAGCUCGACCAGCUUCUCAUGGUGGUGCCGCUCUUCCAUGCAACUCCCGCUCUUUCAGGGCCAGGUUUCGCUCUCCCUGGGCCAACUUCCGCUCUUCCAGGGCCAGGUUUACAUCAUUAUGCCGCUCAAGGGCGGCUAA